AUGGAUUCUUGCGAAAAAGUUCAUCAUUAGAACAGCAAAAUUAUUGGUAAUUGCCAAUAAUGUAAGUAGACUUAUUUGAGUUGUAAACUUUGUUUUGCCGAAGUCCAUUAUAAGCAUAUUGAUGAUUUUCUAUUAAAUGAUAAUAUACUCUUAAUUGUAGAGUUAGUAUUAGAGAAAAUGGGAAAGGCAAAUCAAUAUUUGGAGUCGAAAAAUUUAUAAACAAACGAACAAUUUAAUUCAUUUAUUCAAGCCAAAUACAAUCAGCUUUAAAAGAUAAAAUCCCAUCUCGUAAAUCAAAAUUUGCAAAAUCUAUUAAAUUUUGAGUUUCUUACUACAAUAAAUUAAGAGUGCAUUUUAUAUGAUAUCUUGGCUUAUUUGAAGUUAUUGUCAGAGCUCCUUACUGAAUAGUAAAUAAUCGAUAUUAAAUCAGUUUUUAUUAAUCAAUUCUAAGACGUCUAGUAAGGACAUUAAAUUAUACUAAUGUUAGAUAAAAGUAUGUAAAAUUCAUUUAUAAGGUUGCCUAUUAUAUUCUAUUCAAAAAUAUGACAAAGCACUUUAACUUUCCUCCACAAUACUAAAGCUAACAUAGAAAAUAUAUUUUCUAAAUAACAAAAUUCUAGAAUUCAAUAGGGAACUCAAAUUGAAAUCUAAUAGCUAUAAAUGGAGUUUGGAGUGUUUGUUUGGGAGAAAUCUAUAUAUAAUCAAAGAAUACAAAAAGAGUCUUGAUUUCUUUUAGAAAUUGAGAAAUAACAAAACUGAUAUAUAAAUCCUAAAAGAAAGUUCUCUGUAUAUAAGUCUCAACUUAAUGUAGUUGAAUGAAAAUGAAGGUGCACUAAAUUACCUUUCUAAAUAUAGUAAAUUAGAUUCAACUAAUUUACUAAUAAAUCUUUUAGAAGGUUAUCUUUUAUAUUUAUCUUUUUAGGUUUCGCUUUAGAAAGAUUUGGUAAGUUAGAGUUUGCUCUCGAAAAAUACAAAUUAAUUGCUCAAAAAACAAAUAAAUCCUUUUAUAAUCUACUCUAUGGUAACUAAUUUAAAAUUUAAAUUAACAGGAAAAAUCUUACUCAGUUGCAAGAAAUUUCACUAAGCCCAAGAAAUAUUUGAUAAAAUUAUUGGACAUGAGAAUUUGAAUGAGAUUGCCUAAAUUUACAAAUGUAUUAAUCCACUAUUAUAAAGGUAUGACUCUAUUAAAUCAAAAUGAACUUGAAUUAGCUAUGAAAUAAUCAGAAAUGUUGAUUGAUACUAAUCAAAACAGUGUUUAUGGAUAUCUACUGAAAGGUAGAAAAUAAAUUGAAUAAUAUUAGGUAUAACCUUACAAAUGUAAGAUAAAACAGAAUAAGUUAAUGCCAUGAGCAAUUACAUAAAUUAGUAAUUCCCUGAUAAUGGAUGGAACUAUUUUUUUUAAAGUGAAUAUUUUCAUUUAGAUUGUUAGGUUACGUCUUAACCUUAGAAUUUAAAUUUGAAUAAGCAUCGAUCUUAUUAGAAAAGAUAUAGGGUGAGAAACAUAAGCUUCGAUUUUUCAAAGCUUUGUUUUUACUUAAGCUCAAUUAAAUUCAAGAGGCUUUUGAGAUUAUUUAGUAAUUGAAUAAGGAAGAUUAAUAUAAUGCUCUCUUAAAAGAAGCAUUUUUGAUUAUAAAAGAAAAUGGAUAGGCUAAAAUUGGGAUGUUGCAAUUUAAAAGGUUAUUUGAAAUCAACUCUAAGGAUUAUAUGGCUAUGCAUUAUUAAGGUAUUCAUUUCAUUGUUAUGUAGGAUACUGUUACUACCUUGAAUUAUAAUACAUUUAAGCAAUCGAGUGUUUCGAUGAAGCUAUAAGACUUAAGCCAGACUUAGCUGAGUCAUACUUUUAUAAAGGUAGAGAAUGAUUUCCAUAAUAGGCGAAUCCUUAUUUAGGGUGUUGGAAUUUUCAAAGGCAUUGGAUUGUUACAUUAUUGCAAGCAAGUGUGAUUAAUUUAAUAAUGAAUAAGUAAACUUUCAGAAAGGAAAUCUAUAUUUAUUUUUAUCUCAAUUUGAAUAAGCCAUAUCAUCCUAUGAAGAUGUUAAGUCAAUAGAUUUGGCUUCAAUUAUGAAGGCUGUAAUUGAUUGGUAUAAAAAAAAAUUUUAAGAAGCGUCAGUAGAAGCUGAAAGAAAGAAAGAUAAAUAUUAAAACCUCUAUUUUAUGUUAGGUAAUUGAUUUAGAUAGAAAAUUAGGAAUAUUGUAUACUGAAUUAGCAAAUAGAUAAUUUGCUCAGUAUCAUUUAGAUAAAUUUAAUAAUAUUAAUCAGAUUGGAGCUUCUAAUUUUCAGAAGGGAAAUUACUAAAAUGGUAAAGUUUUUAUUAAAUAUAUGGAAAGGAAUUCUCAAAGUUUUGAAAAAUUAUCCGAUAGUAUUAUCUUUAAUCAUAUGAUAUUUAAUAGGGGAAUAUAAAAUAAUGAAAUAUGCGGCAUGGUUUUUAGAUGAACAUGCUAAAGACAUUAGUUUAUGCAAAGCUUAAUGGAAAUUUCCAAAAUUCUUUUUUGAAGCAAUAAUUAUUGAAUAGAAUAGGAAUGUGAAUGAGGAGUUAUUAAAGCAAUUUGCUAAAUACCCAGUAAUUUGA